GGCUCGGCGGACAGAUCGGUGCUGAAGCGGGGCGGAUGGCAGGAAAAAACAGCGGCGAUGGACGUUACACCGCUGGAUUCCCGUUAAUGAUGUCGUCAAACACGCGCUGGAACAUCGCAGUUUCACCCCUGUCACUCUAGGGUGCUGACAGUGCCGACGUUAAAGGAUGCUGUACAUUCAACGCUCCCUCAUACUUUUACUCCCCAGUUCAUAAAUGAUCCUUUUACUGAGAUCUGAGGAAGCCUAGGAGGUGACGGUGAGAGAGACCGACGGACAUCUUGAAAUAAGGAAAUAGGGGCGGACAGUAAUCACAUCCCACCUCAGCUCCCGUGUCCCUUUCUGUGCCAGUGGGUCAGGGAUGGUGACAGCAGUAACCUCUCUUCUCGGUGGUGAAAAGAGCCUCUUCGCCUUGUCCUGCAGCUCCAGCAAGCCAAACAGACACUCAAACAGUCCAACAGUCACUCACUUUUUCAACCAGCUUGCUAUCAUCCAGCAACCUAUUACCUCACGCCAUGACUGCUCUGUCUGACUGGUGCUUAGGAACUCGCUAAUUCAUGCCCUGCAGUGUGAGUGGAGUGGAGAUGAGAAAAAGGCAGGCGGCUCAUAUCGAGGCCCCACCCCAGGCCCCCGGACAGCCCCGGCCCAACACCUGUUGCCUCUGCUGGUGCGGCUGCUGCAAGUGUCUCUGGAACGAGGACAGACUGGACAGGAGUGAACGCCAAACCUGCACCAAGAUGGACAGUAUUGAAGCUGCUGAAGAACAACACCCCAGCCUGGAGGAGGUGCUGUCUUGGGCCCGGAGCUUUGAGAUGAUGCUGCGCUCGUUCGAGGGCCGGGAGGUCUUCCGGGAGUUCCUGCGCUCCGAGUACAGCGAGGACAACCUGCUUUUCUGGUUGGCCUGUGAAGAGUUGAAGAAGGAGACGAAUCCCUCCGUGGUGGACGAGAAGGCCAGGAUCAUAUAUGAGGAUUAUGUGUCUAUAUUAUCCCCCAAAGAGGUGAGUCUGGACUCCCGGGUCAGAGAAGGAAUCAACCAGAGCCUGGCGGAGCCCAGCAACCUGAUGUACGAGGAGGCCCAGCUCCAGAUUUACACCCUGAUGCACCGUGACUCCUUCCCCCGUUUCCUCAACUCCUCAGUUUACAGAGACCUCCUGGCCAACAGGAGGCGCACCUGCCUCGACACCUAAAUCCUCUCCGCCCCCUUCGUCAUUGCCAACGUACGCCAACAAGACUACUACUUAAACUGCAAAUACUACUAUGGUGCCAGAAGUUGGGUUUGGAAAACUCUCUCGCUCUGUUUUGAUCGAAAAGACUGAAUGACGUCCAAGAUAGCUGGUUGUUUUUUUUUUGUUUUUUUUGUUUUAAUUUAUAUUUUUUUAAGCAAUUUAUAUCCAGUUGUCCACUGGAGCCAGGUCGGCCUUUGCUGGCUGCUUAUUGGUCAGUUUGAGACCUUUAAUGCCGGCCAGUGAUUGUUCUGCUAGCAGCUUGUGCUGUUUGUUUCAGUUGACGGGCCGACCCACGUGCGAGCGAUCAGUUGAAACGGCCGACCCGAUGGCCAGGUGUUGGUUAACUGUGGACAAGGACUCCUCAGUGGCUGAGGACAGGAAGAAUGAAAGAGAGAAACAGAGGAUAAACCCACUGUUCCUGUACUGUAAUAUUUAGACCUCACGCUUCUUACCCUCACUUUAACAUUCUCUGUCUUUACUCACUCUCUUUCACACUUUUUCAUUUGAAGUUUGUCCCAUUUUCCUCAGCUUUGUUUAACUUGGUUUUAUAUUUCCUCACUGUCCAAAUGUGACACCCAGUUGUCGGUGGGAUUCGGGGCAUAUUUUCCCUUUCGAAACCAUUAGCAGCGCUGGCUCUGCAUGCAGCUCUCUCUCGCUCUCUUUCUCUACGAUAAAAGCCGCGGACUGCAACUGUUUUCGAACAUUGAGAUGUAUCAAGGCAAUGGAGCUGUGUUUUUGUCUGGCUGUCUGUGUUCAGCGAAGGGAAAAAAAAGUACAUUUCUGCCAAUUUAAAUCUUGACUGCAGUUUUGUUUUGUUUUUUUUUGUUUUUUUUCUUUCGUGAGGAGAUUUGAUGGCUUCCAUCGCAAAGGCAACGGCACUGACCCAUCCUUCGAUCCACCUGUUCACCUAUCCGUCCAUCCCAACACUUUCCACCAUUUGGAUUCUUAAACUGGGAGAAGUAAGGGCUAGAAUUGUGGUUGGGCAGCUACAUCUGUUAUCAUCACUCAUGAACUUUUAACAAAAGCAAAACAAUCUCUCCACGGAGGAAAUCACAAUGCCUUUUACGUGUAAGAAGAAAGAGCAGGGCAUAUUCUGGAAAGCAACCACCGUUUGUUUAACGACCCCUACCUCCCGUCCUUUUCUCGCCCCCCCUGCUCCGCCUCCCUCCAAACUCAGACCAUCACAGCCUGACGAGCACAGGUGCGUUAACGUGGGUUAAAACCACAGGUGGAGAAAAGAAAAAGGCGCCUACACAUGUAUUUUUUUCUUAUGUGUCCCGAUAGACAGAGGGUUAUUGAGAGCAGUAGCAAAUGCCCUUGGCAACAUUUGUAGUGAAUAUUGGGAUUAUCUGACCCUGAUCUUCGUCUGUCAGGCUUUAGCUUUAGAGGUCGCAGGUAUCUCAUCAGUCCUGCAGCAGAUAUGUGAACCGGGUGCCAAACAUACUUUCAAAGAUGCUGUGAAGAAGUUAGCUACUGCCCGUUCAAGGCUCUCAUUUUAGCUCCCAGAUAUGCAUAAGGGAGUUACCUUCCCAAACAAGCAAACACGUGUGUGUGUAGGCAUGCUCUUUAGCACGCUUGUGUUAGCCACGCUAAUCCCUCACACACGCCAGUUUGACUUUCUGAAUUUGACAGCAUGCACUGACAAUGGAUAUGUGUGUGUGUGUGUGUGUGUGUGUGUGUGUGUGUGUGUGUGUGUGUGU